UAUGUGUUUGAUCGUUUCCUGGGAAGCUUAGUUCAUGAAAAAAUGGACCCAGAAAAUACGAGCAGAGCAGAUCUGGCUCUUCCAAACCCACAGGGGCCUUCCAGUGCGCCCGAAAUCGAGGUCUUGGAAGUGUCUCCUGGUGACCUUCCCCAGCUGGGGACACCGACCGCACCCCCACCACCAAAGACAUGGCUGACAUUUUUGAAGAGAGAGCUGCAGUUCCUGGGGGUAACACAGAUUCUGAUUGGUGCCAUAUGCCUUUGUUGUGGAAUAAUUGUCUGCUCUGUGCUUGAAAUGUCAGACUUUGAUGAAGAAAUAUUUUCAUCAAUUAAAGCAGGCUACCCAUUUUGGGGAGCAGUACUUUUUGCUAUCUCUGGACUCUUAUCAAUUAUGUCUGAAAAGAAAAAUGGAAUUCAUCUGGUGCGAGGACGACUGGGAGCAAACACGGUCAGCAGCAUAGCCGGGGGAGUGGGCAUUGUCAUCCUGAUCCUCAACCUGGGCAACAACUGGGUUUAUAUCAGCCAGUGUGAGAACCUUCAUGAGGAUGACGGCUGCUUCGUGGCUUCUUUCACCACUGAAAUUGUGGCAAUGAUGCUGUUUCUCACCAUCCUGGGGUUGUGCAGUACGGUGUCACUCACAAUCUAUGGGAUUGGAGAAGAAUUCAAAAGAAAUAAGAUUCCAGAUGAUCGUCUCUAUGAAGAAUUAAACAUUUAUUCACCAAUUUACAGUGAGUUGGAAGAAAAAAUAGAAACAUCUUCUCCCACGAGUUCCUAAGAGUCAUAUGCCCAGAAUGUUUUGAUUUACAGAGUCCAGAAAGCCAAAACCUUUAAAAGGCAAAAUUACUAUUCUCAGCAUAGUCUUUCUAACAUUUUGUGUUAGAUUUGUCCUUCAAAUAGCAAUAUUUUGUUUUUAUUAUUUCCAAUCAACUAAAUACCAUCAUCCCCCAUUUGUAGAUACUUUUUAAAUUUUGUGUCUUGAUCUCCAAGUGAUCACUCUGAGAAGCCAACAUGAAAUCCCUAGACUUUUACUGUUUAACUCUGCAAAGAUGGAAAAAGAGGAGGCUGGACUGAGAGUUGAGCUACACUUUGACAGUUUGAUGAUAUUUAGUUCUUAGUUAUUUUUAGAGUUCCUUAUAGCUAUAGUUAUGUAUGAUAUGCACCUGUCCACCUGUAUGCACACCCAUAUACAUAUAUGACUUACAUAAUAUGCAGUUUUCUAUAUCUAAAUAUACUACACUCCCUCAAUGACAAUACAUUUUUGAAAAAACACUAGUUUUAUAACAGUAUAUUGCCUGAAUCACCAGUUCAUUCACUGAUACAGUGUAGUUCAACAGUGUUUGGUGAAGAGGUAGUGGGGAGUUUAUUCAGCUACCGGUAUCUGGUGAGAUGGACAGGUAAAAACAGGAAACCUGAAAGUGGAAAGAACAUUGAGUAAGGCAUUUGUGAUGAAGGAAGAAUAAUGAAGGUGUGAAUUGAAAUGAGUGGUCAUGGAGAGAAGUGAUCAUACCUAAAACAAGUAGCAAAAGGUCUACCCAAAUAAACUAGUAGGUCUUACUAACAAGUUAAAGAAUAAAGUUAAGCAAGCAAGGGUUUGACUAAUACAUCAAGUGUUUGAGUCUAAGAUGAAAGGAGAACACCUAGUCAUUUUGGAAAAAAUAAUAGUUCAGAAAUAUGAGGUUUGAAAGAGGCUCACAGAUAGCUGAGGUGAAGCUCAGUUUAGACUUUCAUCUUGAGGGAAGUGCAGUGGAAAGGCUUGAUGGCGUCCAACACAAUUGGGUGACAGAGGUUUAGUUUAAUUACAAGGGAGUUCGUUAUUAGGUUAAUACUCUUAAGAGUUAUUCUGAGAUGAAGGAAAGCCAAGUUAAACUUCAUAUGCUUAUAAUAUGAGGGAAAAAAUAAGGAUAAAAUCUAGAAGGCGUAAGAAUUAGUUAAAAAAAAAAAGUGCCUGAGAAACAGAGGAUAUCAGGUAUUCCAAUGUAGAAAAAACUGAACCAAAGAGAAAAUAACUCACACUUAGAAUAAGGGAAACAUGUAAGCUUGGGAGAAGUUCACAGUGACAUAUAGACUCCAGGUAUGCAAAGAGAUGGGGCAGAGAAAAUAGCAAAAUAAAUGAAUGCAAAAGACACAGAGGCAUUCCAUCUAGGGAUGUGAAGAGCAGAGGGGUGGAACAUUUGUAAAGGUGUUUGGAGAGAGAGGCCGUGAGGUGUGUGUGGGGGUAUUAAGCAUUAAGUGGGGAACUAAGUAGAAGAGAGUAAAGAAAAAUUAAGCUAGGCACAUGGUUUUGUUGCUGUUUUUAUUUCUAAAAGAAGGAAAGAGUCAGUCCUGUCUGAAGCCUAAGUGGAGGAGCCCUGUGAGUCACUGAGAAGUCAGUCUCUUUUGCCACACACCCACCAGGGGCAUACGGCUGGCAGGCUCCUCACAUUGCCAUUGCCCCAAUGAUCAUUCUAAACUUCAACAACUUCUCUGUAAAGAUUCCCUAAUACGCAUCUCUUCGUCUAGCCUUUAGUCUUUGCUCCAUAACCACCGUCCCUCUUAUUGAAGCAUAGUAUGAUGAAUUAUUAGCGUACUCAUGAUCUCCUUAUGUAGCCUCAACUGCUGGUAAUUGUACAAUAAAUUGAAGUUACCUAACUUGA